UUUAACUACGAACGUUACAACAUGAGCAAUAUUAAUGCAAACACUUUUUACGGUCAACGAGCAAUCAAGAGAAACAAGUCAUUCGGGAAACCAUCAUGGGUACAAGUAUCUCGAAAAAUGCCAUCGCACAUUCUAGGACCGCCAAAUUUUUGGAUGGAAUUUUACAAACAAGCAGAAGCCCUUGCCGUAGCUUUCAAGGAAAGUGAUGACUUUAAUAUGCUUUGUACUUUUGUCUAUCAAGGGGAGAAUGGAAACCGUAAAUUCGUGGUAGCUCAUCCCGAAAUGUAUUGGUGGCAUUACGAGCAUCGACCAGCGGAAGAAAGAUGUUCUUACGAGGUAAUUCCAGAGAAUUCACCUUGUCGGUUAUAUCUGGAUUUAGAAUUCUCGAUCGAAUUAAAUCCAGAAAGCGAUGGCCCUUGUAUGACAAAUACGAUAAUUGAUAUAUUUAAUGCGUAUUUGUGUAAACUUUGGGGUCUACCGUCCAAUGUAACUAACGUACUGAAUUUGGAUUCAAGUACUUCUGAAAAGUUUAGUAGGCAUAUCAUAUUUAAUAUAAAAGAUAUAGCAUUUAAGAACAAUUAUCAUGUCGGUAGAUUGGUAAAAUCUAUAUGCAAAGAUAUUUUUAAUUAUAUUUCGUCCAAGGAAGAGCAGCACGACGUUCUAAGCUCUUUCGAUAAAACAAAACUUGAACAGUUAUUCGUUGAAACUAAAAGAGAUAAAAAAUUAUUUAUCGAUACCAAUGUUUAUACCAAAAACAGACACUUUAGAAUAUAUAAAUCCACCAAGUGGGGAAAGCAAUCUAAUUUGAUAGUUUCCAAAGAUUGUAAAUAUAUUCAUUCUACCGUGUACAAUGACAAAGAGUUAAAUAUAUUUUUGGAUUCGUUGAUAUCUUAUUUUACCGCCAUGAAAGGUAUGAUAUUACUUGAAUAUUUUCAAAAUGGCACGAUAGAAGCAAAGUCUUUUAAAAAAGUAGUGCGACAAUACAAUUAUCCUAAUCACAAUAAUUGUAGCUCAAAAUAUUUGAUACUAGAUAAAUAUAUUAGCGACCUAAUACAUCCUGGGAAAGUACGUCUAUGUAAAUAUUUUUCUUUAGCGCAAGUUUUAAUGUACGAAACAUACGGAUACAGAUAUUGCGAAAAUAUUGGUAGAUGUCAUAAGAGCAACAAUGUUUCUUUGAUUGUAAAUUUGACUAGUAAAACGGUAUAUCAAAAAUGUCACGACGAGGAUUGUUUUGGUUUUAAGUCUGAACCAAAACAAUUACCGGAGGAAGUUUGUUUCGAUAUUGACGAAGACGGGGACACGUUUAUAAGAUGUGCUACUAUAACAGAGGACGUAUAGUGCGGGAAACACGCUUUGUGUCAAAGUUUUUUUAUUAAGGUAGAAAUCACAUAGACACAGUUUAGAUUAGGAACACACAGACGGGAGUAAAUUUCUAAUAAAUGCAUGAUUUCAGGUACACCAAUAUUGCUUUCUAUCUAUAAUAUCGUUCGAC